UGGUCAAGAUCAGUAACUAUAAGGCAGCCUUACUGUGUGUUCAGUAUUAUAAAGUUUUAAAAUGAAAUUCAUUUUUAUUGUUAUUGCUUUGAGCGCACUUUCUGCUCUGGGAUCAUCUUAUGUUGAUCCAGUUUAUCUUGUCUUGAACACAACUUACAUUAGCGAUACAUACUACUCUCCAGACACUUUCGGCAAUUUGCAGAAAGCGACAUUCAUAACACUUGCUACAAAACUUGUGACUAGAUGGCUGAAAUGCAAUCAAACAUUCCCUGUGCCGUAUAACGAAGGUAGAGGCAUUUUCCGUUAUGAUGUAUGGAGUGAUAAACACAAUGUGAAUCAACAGGUUAAAUGUUUUGUGGACUGUAUGUUGCGUGAAGCACGCGUGAUACUUGAUAAUGAUGGUAGUCUAGACGUAGUCGAAUAUACAUCGCAGAUUAAGCAACUUCGGUUCAAUUACACAAUAUUUGACAUAAAUAACCUGUCAAUGGGAGACAAACAACAAAUAUGGGACACGGUUUAUAGCCAAGCAAAUGAUUAUCCCAGGAACUGUUACGCAGUGGAUUCGUUUGGGAAUGAAUUUUAUGACCAUUCGAAAUUUGGGUCAAUUAAGGAUCAUGUAUCACCCACCAAGGUCAAUAUUGCGGAUAAUUGCUACAACCUCAUAUUGUCCUAUGCACAGGCUGCACGUAAAUGUAAAAACGUAAAGGACCCAAACGGUAAUAGAUGUGAAACAUCAUGGAUGAUUCUGAAGUGUAUGAACGAAGACCAUUGGAAGAGGUCUUUUAUCGGACCAUUUUAUCCAGUUCCGUUUACUAAAGAAACGUAUAAGGUGAUCAGAGGUGCCGCUCACGUCUCUCGAUGACCACCGAACAUUAGCUAAUUUUAUCCACGCGGAUGAGUCUGAUGUAAAUUGACACAAAAGUUUUGAUUUGAAAUAACUUUGAAUUCGUUCUGAAUAAAUAUUCUAUUUGUUGAUGUUACAAUCUGUACACGCUGUUUGUAC